AUGGCUCGCUUUUCCUUCUUGCUCCUGGCCACGACCUUGGUUGCCCAAACGGCGAUGGCCUCGCCACGCAGGGUCAGCCCUUCAUGCCCCCAGGUACGAUUUAUCGCCAACCCGCAGCCGCCCCAAUCUGGAUGCCCCGACGAAGAUGAUAUGUGGAAGUGCGAUGACUCGGACUGCGGCGGAGAAAUCUCAGAUAAACCUGGAUGGUGCAAAAAUAUCUUAAAGGUCGCGUGUGACGGGUAUUACAAUGUUGAAAAGGAUCAAGAAAGCACGAAGUUCAACGACCGGCGAUGCCCAUGCAAGUCCGAGAAGGCCCCCGAUGGUGGGACCGACGACGAUGGCAGCGGCAUCGUCAUCAUCCCCUUUCCCCUGGCGCCCCCUGGCUUUCUCGUUCCACCUGCGGGCGUUGGCAACCCAAAGAAAAAGGAUAGCUGUCCAGAGGAUUACACCGAGACCAAGUGCAAAGACUGCAAAGCGCAGAGUGGCUGGUGCACCGAGGGUCCGCAGAUGGGAUGCCCUUGUCUUGACGAGUGUCCAACCGGGAAGGACUUACCCGUAUGCUCAGAUGAGGGGUGCGUGGGAGGGGAGGAUGACAAGUGCAGCGUAGGUUAUCACAAGGACUGCGCGUGCAAGAAUGAAUGCCCGGAUGAAGAUACGGUGAUCCCAUGCGACGACGACGACAUCUGCAAAGGCAAAGAUGAAAAGUGCACCGUGGAGAAAUAUCAUGACUGCAAAUGCAUAUACAGUGCGGAGACAUUCGGGAUGUUUGGGGAUCUCGGUUGGGUUCGCACCAAGCAGGAAUAUAUGAAGCAAGCCCUGAAGGCCGUCGAGGGUGCAGACAAGCCAGAUGUGGGAUCGCGAGCCAACUGCUCCCCUCAAGAUAAGAACCAUACCACCAUCGCGCGAGAAAGCUUGGUCGGUGCCGCCCGGGGCUACUGCCAGGGCGUAGACGGCGAUCUGAAACGCACGCAGGAUGACCCUAAGGGGCCUUAUCUCAGCAACAAAGACAAGGGUUAUGAGAAAUUCUCCAUCGGUAUUGACUUUAGCGAGAAACAAGGCGGCUGUAAAGAGGCGAAGACCUAUGAGCCUUCUUUUGAUGACUGCCUCAGCAAAUUGACUUCGAUUGUGGAUGACUGUCAAACGGACUCUGGGGACAAGACAGGUGGAAGUCGGAUCUGGAGUACUGACUCGGGCUGUAUAGAGUAUAGUAUCAUUGUCUAUUCGGGCGAGUAUACAGCGUAUUGA